UUAUACAAACAUUUCGAUGACCAAGUUUAUCCGAGGUCUUCAUCUGGUAACACAGUUGUUACAGUUGAACAAUGUAAGGGAUGGACAAUGGACAAUAGAAUGUUGAAUGAAGCAACGCUGUGUAUUCGUAGCCUGCAAAAUAUAAUACCAGAAUAAUCAUGAUCAUCCAAUACCUAGGCACCUGAGAAUGUUUGCAUAUCAUAAUAGGAGGUUUCUUAUAUAUUGAUGUAAAAUACAUGCACUAUAACCACCAUGCACAGGUAAUGAAUGAAUGAGAUCGAUAGCUUGUUAUCGGGAUAUACAGUACAUUUCAGACAAGAAAUGACAAGUAUGGGUUGGUGGAACAAGAUCACCUAUGGCUGGCUGGUGGUACUUGCGGGGUUCUUCUCGCAUCUUUUCACAUACGGAAUCAGUUGGUCUGUGGGUGUGUUUUUCGUCGUAUAUCUGGAUGCAUUCCAAGAAUCCAAAGGAAUGACCGCCUGGACUGGGUCGCUAAACACUGCUUGUAUGUACGGAAUAGGUCCAGUUGCAAGUAUUCUAACCAACAAGUUUGGAUAUAGAGUAACAAUGAUGACAGGGGGUGUGCUCUCAGCCGUUGGACUCGCCACAAGUGCUUUGUCAACUAAUAUAUACCAUUUGUAUGUUACAUUCGGAAUAGUUACAGGAUGUGGUUUUGGAAUCUGCUACAUUCCAACAAUAGCCGUCUUGGCUGUGUAUUUUUCAAAGAAUUUAACAUUGGCGUUUGGAUUAUCAUCAGCAGGUGUUGGCAUUGGAACUUUUGUUUACCCGCCCCUUAUAACAAGCUUAAUAUCAUUGUAUGGGUGGCGAGGAUGUAUGCUGAUUCUAUCAGCUAUUACCCUUAAUCUAUGUGUAUGUGGUGCUAUAAUGAAGCCGAAUCCGAUUCAAACUUCUAGUCUAACGGAGGUCGAUGAACGAUGCCCAAUGGAUGACAUUGAGACCUCCGCUCCCCAAAAUAAUGUAUUUGAUAUUAAAGUCCUUACAAAUCUGAAUUUUUUAUUCAUGUGCCUAAGUUCCUUCCUCUAUUGUUUUGGACAUUCAAUAGUUUACGUUCAUUUUGGGGAAUAUGCAAUUACCAGAGGCAUCAAGGAAAAUCAAGCGACAUUCUUAUUUUCAGUGAUUGGGAUAUCGAACCUAAUUGGGAAGCUCAUAUAUGGAUCAAUAUCUACGGUAAAACAUCCUUGUGCGAAUAUAAUACUAAUGUUUGCGAUAUCAUUGACAUCUUCUGGUUUAUUAACAAUGACGAUUCCCUUUCAGACAGGGUAUCCACUGUUAGUUAUAUUCUCGGUUGUAUUUGGGGUAUGUAGCGCAGCUUUCGGCGUGUUGCCAUCGGGAAUUGUCCACCAGUUUCUUGGGACAAAAAAUCUUGCCACUGGAUAUGGUAUUUUAUGUAUAUUCUGUGCAAUGGGUACACUUCCUGGUGCUCCGAUAGCCGGUGAGAUGUUUGACUCUGUCAAACGUUACGCAGAAUCAUUCUACUUGGGAGGAGUUGCUAUAGGCCUUAGUGGAGUUAUUAUGAUUAUACCAUAUCUCAGAACCCGCACAUCCGGGCAUUUACAAAACAAUAUAAAUGUCACUGCUGCAGAUGAUUUUACAAAACAAAGUCUACUAGAUAUCGCCACAGACCAUUAGAAAAAUAUUACAUCUGAAAUUACAUUAUUGGUUUAGUGAAUAAAUAAGUAUGACAUGAUAUAUUUUAUCUAAGAGUACGAUGGAAUCAUUUGGGGUAUUGCACUUCUUUUUGUUUUUUUGAAAUAUAUAAAUUUAAUAGCUGGUCUAUUCUACCAUUAAUGAAUGUUUCUAUAUAUUCUGUACAGUGUACCCUAGCCU